UGUGCGUAGAGAGAUGUUGGAGGAAGAAGUAAAGCGCCGUCGCGCAGAACUUUUGAAAAAAUUCCGCCUUGAUUCCGAUAGAAUUCCAAUUCGGUCGGAUUUUGAAAAAAAAGCGCCAGCGAAGGCUGCUGUAAAAAUCCCCGAACCCCCGAACUUUGGUAAAUCCACCGCUGCUGCGCCACCCCCGCCGAUUUCUAAUCCAGCAAGUGCAGUGGAAGUAGUGUCGAACAUGUGGCAAACACUGACUUCAGAUACGAUCAAGUUACCAUCCCCAGGGAGUACACCUCAACACCGAGCACCAGAAGUUGUCCAGCCGAAGCCCAAACUUGUUCCGACCCUACGUCUUAUUGGAGCUUUUCAUGAUUACCUUGGACCUCUAGGGGAUCCUCUAGACGAUCUUCUCAGCAAGGCUGUAUCACUGGAGAAGAGCUAUGAAGGUGCUAGUAGAAUAUUAGUGGAGGAUUCAGAGGUUCUAGCAACCCUAGAGAGCGUCAGGAUACGAUUGAUAGCCCGUAAGAAUGAUGGAAGCAUUGACCCCGCUCUGUUUGGAUCCCUAGACAACUGUUUACAAAAUCUUAAUAGGAACAGACAAUUUGGUUUAAAGUUUUUUCUUUAAAUUUUCUUUCAGAGUCAAAAGUUAGCAUUAUGUAACAAACAAAUUUAUCUUGAAUUGUGUAUUCUAAAUAUUAGUUUUUCUUACA